CCGCAUCCAUAGCAACUGGAACUGUUCUCUCUCAACUGACAACGAGCGACUGGCGUCAAAUUUCUACAAAAGGGAAUUAUUUUUAAAGUCUUCUUUGAUCCGUGACAUCUUUUCGGAAAAAUCACCGCACAUCGUCAAGAUUUGAGGACAUUUCAACUUUAAUCCCGUUUUUAGAAAAAAAAUCAAGAUGCCUACCGAGUGCACUGCCAAUCCACUCCAGCGGGAAUUGGCCGACAGCAUUAUCCGAUUCUCUCCGUUGGAUGAUCUGAGAAUACUCGUCGCCUGUGGUGCCAGCCCUAAUGAUCAAGUCACACAAGGUUUGCGUCCGCUUCAUUAUGCGGUUUGGCAACGUUACCUCGAAGCUGUCCAAUUCUUACUCGUCCGCGGGAGCGACGUCAAUGCUCGGGAUGACUGUGGAUACACUGCUCUACACCUGAGUGCCGAACAUGGCUACACUGAAAUCAUGAGCCUUCUCCUGGAAUACCAAGCCAAAGUGAAUUUCUCUGAUAAAAUCGACGAAGACAAGGUAGACGCAAACAAACCCAACCUGUGCGAUGAACCUCUGCACUUGGCGAUCAAAAAUGGCCAUUACGAAGCAGCGCGUAUGCUGCUCGAAAACGGAGCUAACGUCAAUGCUCGUUACUUUUUCGGCUGUGAAAUUAGUCUCAUCUCAGCGCUAAACCCAGAAGCCAUGGAACUUUUACUGAUGUACGGUGCCUAUCCCGAUUCAAGGGAUCGUUCCGGAUUGACUCCAUUGAUGAAAGCCUGCAGAAAUCCUCAGGCUACAGAAACUGUUUUGAAACUCAUUUCCUACGGAGCCGAUGUCAAUGCCCAAGCGGAUGAGCGAAACGAUCACAGAUCGGUGCUUCACUAUGCCGUCCUUUCGGGAAAUCGUUCAAUGGUCAGUCUUUUAUUGAAACAAGGAGCCCGAGUCAGACCUUUACCUGGUGAUCCGGCGCUCUCUAAGCCUUCGAUAUUGGAUUUGGCUGUGCUGAAAGGGGACGUCGAACUCGUCAAGAUGCUCAUUGAAGCUGGAGCUGAUGUCAACAACACUUCGUCCAUUCUGGGCUCAGCCUUACAUGUGGCCUGCGCCGACAACAUAGCCAACCGGGCAGAUAUCAUUCGCGUUUUGCUUGAAAAUGGCGCUGAUCCCAACAUUGCAGCCAGGAGCGACGAGGGUUUGCUUCAUCCUUCCGUAUUGGCCGAGUACAUCACUUCCAAUGGCAACAAAGAUAAACUUAGCCACGACGUUGUAGACUUGCUUCUACGCCAUGGGGCUCAGGUGGUCCUCAAGACACAACACCGUCAUCCUCUGGGACUGUAUUCUGUCUUACCGAUUAUGGCCAAGCAUCCACGGGUCUUUUUGAAUAUGAUGGAUGCAGCCGAAAGUUUCGAUAACGUCAUGCUCAAGCGCCUCAACAACUUCCCGCCUGAAUUCAAAGAAAUUAUUCUCGAACUCGCCACCAAACCUCUUUCCCUCCAGCAGCAGUGCCGAUUCUUCCUGCGCCAGCACUUGCAACCCAAGAUUCACCUUAAAGUACCUUUGCUCGAAAUCCCCACAAUCCUGCAAUCCUAUCUGCUUUUUGAAAUCAGUUAGUUUAAUAUCGAACGCGCUAUUACUAUAUAUGCACCGCACUGCUGUCCUUUCUCUUCAAUUGUACAAAUGUUACGCUCGUCUUGGGCAAUCGUACUUUUUAAAAAACAAGAAACGACUGGAAUUUGGUUGCAAAUUCCAGUCUUGAGAUUAAAAUAUCGUUAUUACUGAAGGAAUACGAGCGGAUAAAUACAAAAGUAAAUUAAAAAGAAAAA